AUGAAAAGAAAACAUUCAGAGAGGAAAACUAAGCUCCCUCCAGGCUCAAUGGGGUGGCCUUAUAUUGGAGAAACUCUUCAGCUCUACUCCCAAGAUCCAAAUGACUUCUUUUCUGACAGAGGAAAAAGGUACGGAGAAAUCUUCAAGACUCGUGUACUUGGUUGCCCUUGUAUAAUGUUGGCGAGCCCAGAAGCAGCCCGAAUCGUGCUACUCACUCAGGCACAUUUGUUCAAGCCGACAUAUCCGAAGAGCAAGGAAAACUUGAUCGGCAAUUCUGCGCUGUUUUUUCACCAGGGGGAGUACCAUAUGCGGCUUAGGAAGCUGGUUCAAGCUGCCUUUUACCCGGAGGCAAUCCGCAACCUGGUGGCAGAUAUUGAAGCCAUAGCAGUGUCUGCAAUGGAUUCGUGGGCCAGUGGACAUGUCAUCAACAUUUUCCCUGAGAUGAAAAAGUUCACAUUUGAAGUUGGUAUACUCUCCAUUUUUGGUCAUUUGGAGUUCCAUUAUAAAGAAGAACUAAAGAAGAACUAUAGUAUACUCGAUAGAGGGUACAAUUCCUUUCCAACAAACUUACCUGGAACUCCAUACCAAAAGGCAAGGAAGGCAAGGAAGAGGCUGAGUGAAAUAUUUAGUAACAUUAUGAGAGAAAGAAAGGAGAAGACGCUUUCUCAGAAGGACCUGUUGAGUUUUCUGCUGAAUUCUAAAGAUGACAAUGGUGAAACUCUAAGUGAGGAUCAGCUUGCUGACAACAUCAUCGGAGUACUUUUCGCAGCACGAGACACGACUGCGAGUGCCAUGACAUGGAUUCUCAAGUACCUUCACGACUACCCAAAACUUCUCGAGGCCGUCAAGGCUGAACAGAAGGCAAUAUACCAAUCAAAUAAAAAUGGAAAUUAUCAUUUAACAUGGAAUCAAACAAGAAAUAUGCCAUUUACUUGCAAGGUGAUCUUAGAGAGUUUGAGAAUGGCAAGCAUUAUAUCAUUCACAUUUCGAGAGGCAGUGACAGAUGUGGAAUAUAAAGGGUACCUAAUUCCAAAGGGAUGGAAGGUCAUGCCUUUAUUCAGGAAUAUUCAUCACAAUCCUGAUUUCUUUGUUGAUCCUCAGAAGUUUGAUCCUUCUAGGUUUGAGGACGUGGUGAAACCCAAUACGUUUAUGCCAUUUGGCAGUGGAGUACACGCCUGCCCUGGUAACGAACUUGCUAAGCUAGAGAUGCUCGUUAUGAUCCAUCAUCUAGCUUCUCAAUUCAGGUAUGAAGUGGUGGGAUCCCAAAGUGGAAUUGAAUAUGCUCCAUUCCCCAUCCCUUUGCAUGGACUCCCUGCCAGAUUUUGGAAACAAGAAUCAACCAAUUAA